UCUGGGUCUGUACUGCGGCGGGGGCGGUCGCGAUGAGAUAAACAUGCUGGAGGAUACAGAGAAAACCUCAGCUUCCCUGAUGCCGAGAGAGGAGAAGGCGGUUAUUGUGCCUGGAAACGGGGUGGGGAAGUUCCUCAUCAGGGAGGACACUAUCCUGGCCGGUCUCCCAGGAUGCGCCGGUUGUGGAAGAGCACAGCUGACCUGUGCAGGAGUUAAGAGACAAUGGUCCGCGCUGUGCUGGGGGAAACAGUCCAACAAAAAGUACUAUACGAUGCUGGUUAUACUCUCAGCGACAUUCGCUCUGAGUUUCAUAGGCACCAUUUUCUUCUGUUUCACGAACACACUAAACGACGCCAUUUUAUCGAACAUGGUCAUAAAGAACAACACAGUAGCGUAUUCUCUGUGGCGGCGGCCGAGCGUCCAACCGCUGAUGAAGGUUCACGUGUUCAAUUACACCAACUGGGAGCGCGUCAGGUCGGGCCUGGACGAGAGGCUCAAGGUCCAGGACGUGGGACCCUUUAUAUACUCUCAGCAAAUAGAGCGAGUGAAUAUCAAAUUCCAAGGAGAUCAGCUGACCUUCCAGGAAAGAAAUAACUUCAGGUUCCGUCCCGAGAAGAGCGGCGCAGCUCAUUUCAACCAGAUCUCCGUGCCCAAUCUGCCUCUCCUGGGUGUCAUAGCCAAUGUGCUGCACUUACCGACCCUGGGUCAGAUCACGGUGCAAUCCACGCUGAGCUUUGCUGACCAUAAUGAAGCCUUCCUCAAGCUGCCAGUUCAAAGGUUCCUGUGGGGCUAUGACGACAGGAUAAUGGACCUGGCCAGGCCUUUCCUCAGCAUCGGAGCACAGUUCCGCUACGAUAAAUUCGGACUCCUCGUCUCGAAAAAUGGCACUGUAUCAGACAGAAUAACAAUAAACACUGGGGAGAAGGACAAAGACAAGAUGAACGUCAUAGAGAAGUUCAAUGGUGACGUGACGCUGUCAUAUUGGGGGAGUUCCGAGUGUAAUAGCAUAACCUCCUCCGACGGCACCAUAUUCCCGCCGUCCCUGCUGAACAAGAAGACCAGGCUGUUCGUGUUCAACUCCAACAUGUGCAGGAGACUGCCGUUCGACUACCUCAAGGACGUUGAGAUGGAACAAGGGAUCCGCCUCAUGAGGUAUGUCAUGCCAUCAAACGUGUUCGACGAUCCCCAAAGCAAUCCCGACAACCAGUGCUACUGUGAUGUAGACAGCGGUACCUGCCCUCCGAGAGGAAUCAUAAACGUCACAGCCUGUACUAUGGGCGCUCCCCUGGUGGCUUCCUUUCCCCAUUUCUACCGCGGAGACCCCAAACUGUAUGAGGACAUCCAAGGCCUGAGCCCCAACGGCGAGCUCCAUGACUCCUUUAUUGACAUACACCCAACCCUCGGCAUCGCACUGAACGGCAGAUCAAGCCUCCAGCUGAACAUCCAAGUUAAGAAGUCCAGCGUGUUCGGCGCUCUCAGUUUCCUGCCAGAAGGAAUUAUCCUGCCGAUCGCGUGGAUAGAAAUGGCGCUCGAAGAACUACCAGAGAGUCUUCAAUCGUUGGUCUACCACGGGACUUUUUCCACAGCGGCCGUGCAACUCGGCCUGGCCAUGUUCUGUUCCGUAACCCUGCUCAUUUCUUCCAUAUGCAUGCUGAUGAUGAUCAUCACUAGAAGAAGGAAACCAUGCGCCACCCUCAAAAUUAUACCAGCCGACAUUGAACUGAAGACUUAAAGUUUUGACAGUGACAGUGACAUAUGUCACCUGACAUUGAUACGACAUGCUCUGUUUUCUGAGCGUAUUAUUAUUUAGUGAGUGUAUGAAGUAUAUAAGAGUUAUUGUAUUUUGUUUCCAAACGUAAUAGUUCGACGUCACUUCACAUAUAUAUACAUAUUUUUAUUGAAAAAUUGAGAAUAUUUAUGUAUAUGUUGUUAAUACGGCAACUGUUCAUUUUUUUUUUAAUCAAGUUGGUGAUCAACCUAACGGUUGAACUCAUUCUGCCGUAUAGGAGCAUAACGUAGUUGCUUAAUACAAAUAUUUUAUUGAAAUGUUUAUAAAACAAAUUAAUUACGAAAUUAUACCGUAUAUGAAAUUUUCCAUAUAUAUAUUUGUCUCAAUAUAACAAAUAAGAAUUUAUAUCUUUUGUAAAUAUUUUAACUUUUUUUCUCUAUUUUUUUUAAAUGGCAACCCGACAAGUCGGUUGGAAUUUUGUUUGUAAAUAAUAGAUAAUUUAAUGUCUGUCUGUUCACCGAGCUUUCUUAACAUUCGUUUAAUGUCACUUAGGUUUUUAUUUUUAUUUAAAUUUUUGUCUGUAAAAUUAUAACUUCUACUUAACUAAAAUUUACUUAUGUUUUGUUAACUAAAAGUGACAUUCAACUACAUUGAAAUGUACAAAAAACAAUUACACAUUACUAACAACGCCGUCUUUUUUUUUCUUUCAACUAAGUGAAGAUUUUUAUUUAAAAAUAAAUCCUUUUUCACUUUUCUUAA